AACGAAACAGAGCCUCCCUCGUCGCCAUCAUCGUCCUCGCCGCCAGCGGCCUCUUGAGGACCGCUGACCGCCAUCAAAUCCGUCGCCGGCCGCCGCCAUCAAAUUCCUUGCACUAUGUUGGAGGGUUCCAGUCUUUGACAGAGAGGAAUCCCUUCCUCACCGCUUCACCACUUCGUUGUUCGCUCUUCGCUUCGCGAUAAGGAGAGGUGACGUCGAGAAACAAAGCAUCCCUUCUCAACACCAAAUCGGAAUCUUCCCCUGGAACUCUGUUCCUUGUCGGCCGCAAAGAUUCAGUGUUCACAUAUAAGGUUUUGAGGGUUUCCCUUCAAUUUUUCUCUUGGGGGUCUUUACGCUAGGGAAUCCAAAUGGGCACUCGCUGAUCCACCCAUCAACGAUGAAGAGACCAAAGCAGACGACAGGGUGCAGAAGUGGAGAUUGCCGAUUUCACGAGCAACUCCUCUGGGUUCAAAGCUUCUGCUUUCUGGUCACAUCCUAAAUCACUGUAUAAAACAGCAACAAGCUGCAGGACCUAGUGGAAGCUCUCAUUCUACCUAUGGUUUGAUCCCGAGUCCUACUGGGUUAGAAGUGGAAGAAGACUAUUUCGAUGAUGCUUCUGAUGGGAAUGAUGAUAAUUAUGUCGAUGUAAAGCCGGAUGAGGAGGAAUGAUGAUGCUUCUACGGCACCUAUCGAAUGCUCAAGCUGUGGGGAUCCCCUGAAGCCGUCUGCCGAUGCGGCCUCUUCCACUCCACUUACUCCAACGCCUACGUCAGCCUCGCGCUCUUCCCUCACACCGAGUCCAGCAGGGCCCAACUCCGGGCCCACCUCGGCCCGGACGCCGAGCGGCUCGUCCACUUCUUCUGCUCGGUUCCGCGGCAGAAGCUGGUGUUCGGCCGGAUCCUGAUGGGUUAUGACUCGGCGGGGCAAAUCGUCGAACACCUGGCGGCGUCCCAACUCUCGCUGCGAAAUGCGAGGGAGCGGAUCGUUGUCGACGGCGGCGGGGAAUCGGAGGCGUGGAGGGAGAAGCUGAAUUCGAUCGUGCCGGAAGGCGGCGUGACUGUGGAGAACAUAAAGACUGGAGAAGAGUUCACUCUGCCGCGGAGAAUCGUGGCGCUUCUGCUGUUGUUCACGCUGGCCGAUUUCGCGGACGAGCUCUUCAGCUUUCAAGACGAGCUGUACGAGAAUUUGGACGGUAGACUAGACUUCUCGGGCAAUAGUGCAACUCCUUUAUGGCCAGGGGCAGGAAAGCCAGGGCUAUGGGUUAACUUAAUUUCAAGAAUUGCAGCCAUCUACAACCUACUAGUUCGAGAAGAAGAGAUUUUCAUGGAGGAAAGAAGAAGGUCUGGUGGAAUUUCGGUGGACAAAGAACGAGAUGAAGACAUCGAACUCGUGGUGCCGCCGAUUUUCAACGGAUGCACGAAAAUUGUGGAUGCAGGCGACCAAAUCAUAGCCAGGGACACGUAUUGGGAAGCUGUUUGUGGAAAUGCCUCACAGAAUAAUGAUUGCAACGAUGAUAAGUUGGAUAAGGUGGAGGAGUUGUUGGUCAAGAGUCUAGAGAAGAACCCAUUUUUAGGGGAUCCGCAUCUGGUGUUGGCGCAGGUUUACUUGGCGAAAGGGCGGUUCGAGGCGGCGGAGGUGGCGGCGGAGAAGGGUCUGAAGCUGCUGCUGGAGUGGGGAACGGCAUGGGAUAAGAGGGUUUCUUGGGAAGGAUGGGUGGCUUGGGGUAGGGUUUUGGUGAUGAAGGCUAAAGAGAAGUCGUGGCCCAAGACUUCAUGGGGCAUCCGCAGCUUGAGGCUCAUUAGGUGAUCGUAAAUUGGACUUUGAUUACUCGUGCUGCUAUCUUCCAUUUCGUCAUCUCUUUGUAUUCUUCUUUGUAACAUCUCCAUUCCAUGAAUAAACCAAGUUUCAAGUCAGUUAAUAAUUAAAUGCGUUAAAUUGGC